AGCUCAGCCCAGCCCAGCCCGGCCCAGCUCGCCCGGCGUUCCGUGGCCGCCAUGCCGCGGUACUGUGCCGCCACCCGCUGCAAGAACCGCGGCGGACAGAGCGCCAAGGACCAGCGCAAGCUCAGCUUCUACCCAUUUCCACUUCACGAUAAGGAGAGACUUGAGAAAUGGUUGCGGAAUAUGAAGCGAGAUUCAUGGACUCCAAGUAAGCACCAGCUCCUCUGCAGUGAUCAUUUUACCCCCGAUUCCCUGGAUGUGCGAUGGGGGAUACGGUACUUGAAAAAUACUGCUGUGCCAACUAUUUUCUCUUCCUCAGAUGAUGAGGAAAAAGAUUCUUCUCAGAACACUCCACAACAGGUACAGAAAGAAGACCAGGAACAAACAAAUGUUGUGUUGGAGAAAGUAUCUAUGCCACUUGAACCUUGUACACCAAAGAAAAAUUCUGUGAUUGCACAAAAUGUAGACAAAAAAGCAGAAGUGGCUUGCUCAACUGCACUGAGUAAACCUUCACAAAUUCAAAACCUGCAGCUUCCAAAUGAAGGUAGCUUUCUGGCAGACACUGUCGUUCUUGAUAGUUCAUCUAAGCAGUACAUACAUCAGCCUAAUCCUGUUUUAAUGACAACAGCAGUCCAAAGCAUGGAAGCUAGCAGUGUUCAUACUUCUGUGGAGGAUUCAGGAGGUUGUACAGCUACAGUCCUGCAGUUUACAGACCCUGACUACUUGAAUUCGUCUCUGAGACUGGACAGUGCUUUAGGGUUGGUUACUGACUAUGCAGUUGAAAAUUCUGUCCCUCACGUGGUCUGUUCUGGUGAAGUGCAGACAAGUGAAGAUGCAGUUUUACUCAGUACAGUCACACAAACUAUUGAACAGUUCAGUGGAAGUGAAGAGUCUGUCAUUGCUAUUAUUAUGCCAACUGAGAAUCCAGAAGAACCUGAAAGAGUGAAUAGUUCUGUCCUGCCUGUUAAUGAAGAGUUUCUUGACACUGAGGAGACAGAAGUGAUUGAAUAUGACAGAAAUGAAAUACUGCAGACUGAGCACUCAUACUGCAGACAAGACAUAGACAGAGAUCACCUUUGGCAAAAUAUUUCAAAACUGCACUCUAAGAUAACUUUACUUGAAAUGCAGGAGGUAAAAACUUUGGGGAGACUCAGGUCCUUGGAGGCUCUUAUUAGACAAUUGAAGCAAGAAAACCUGCUUUCUGAAGAAAAACUGAAGAUGGUAGAAAACUACUUUACAACACUCGAAGUGACUAUGAUACAGUAAAGGCUUUCAACUGAUGGUUCUAAAAUAUCUUUUUAGCCUCUUUGACUGUAUUUUUGAACAAAUUAACUUUUUUCCAGUUGUGUUUUAAACAUUUAAUGCAAAUUGUAUGAAUAGCAAAUAUUCUUUAAAAUGUUACACCAACCAAAGCUAAGUGGUAGAAUGUUGUCUGUAAAACAUGACGGGCAAGUAAGAUUGAAAAAACCCACUGAAUUGGGCGAAGUUUUCUUAAGUCUGUGAAUCAAGUCAGUAAAAGAUAAUUUAACCUUUUCUUAACUGCAGGCUUCUCUUAAACAUGCAGUGCCUGUAUUUGGGACAGCAGUGGAAUGGACAGAAUAAGCAUAUAGGAUGAACAAUUAUACAUGUAUAUAUAUGCAUUGUCCAGUGAGGCCAAAAUUGUUCUUUAGUUUUCUGUUCAUCUGACAUUUGUUCUGAUAGUUUUUUGUAUGCUUUGAUCUUAUUAAAAUUGCUUCUGCAUAAAAGGUGGGUUUUUUCAUUUGUUUCUAGAAACAAAAUUUCUCAUACAAAUAUUGUUCCAGUGGACAGGCCCAUCUCAUUUUUAAUUUUUUUGUUAUGAUUCAGCUUAAGUGGAAAGCAAUCACAGUUGUUUUUUCUAGUUAGCAAAAGGGAAAGCUCUAUUAAGUGAGUGCUGUCUGCAUUGAUCCUCUUACAGCCUACAGCUGGGUAAUGCAUAUAUCAUUAAUAAUAUACUGAAGAAAACAAUGUUCUGCAGAGCAGGUUGCUAGCAGAAUUUUACUUUGCAAGAAACAGUUGCAGAAAUAGAAAGUUACUCCUCUCUACUGAUUUUAUUAACUAUUUCUAGUGCAUGGGUUAUCACUGUACUAAACAGAUACUAUAAUUAAUUUUGAAGAAAAUUAAUUUGCUGAAAUAGUUUCUGCUUACUCUGUCAGUAUGCCACCCUUUGGAUUUAGUUUGCUAUAUGCUGUAGUACAGUGAAAAAGUCAUAGAUCAUCUGGUCCAUGGCUAGACAUCAUAGGUGAUCCUUGUUACACCCCUUCGAGCUGAACACUUCCAGUACAUUAUAUUUUACAACCAUUAGAUUGCUUGAGAAUGUGUUUAUUCAAGAUGGUGUCAUCCCCACUGCCACAUUUUCAGUCUAGGACUGGAACAAAUGGCGAAUUGAGGCUCAGUUCACACUGGCUGAAAAGCUGGCCUCCAACUGGAUAGUAAGUUACAAACAAAUUUCAACAUUUUUGAGACUUGGAAUAUCUCAAAGUGCAAAAGUUGGGCUGCUAAAGCACAGUGCUGUAGGAGGUAAGUCUGCAUUAGUAACCACUAGAUUAGGCUUGCUUGGUUGUUCAACUCAUUAACUUCUUUCAAACUUUAAUACAGGCCGUGCUUGGUAAAAUUGCUGAAGUACAUAAAGGCCACUUAUAAUAUGGUGAGUUAUCUACCAUGUCUGACCUGCUCAUUUUGCUCUCCCUGGAACAAGAGAACAUUCCUGUUCUGCCUUGUGUGCUGUGAAAUCACAAGGGUUGUCCUGUGUACUGUAGAAACAUUGCUGCCGUAUCUGAUCCCGUCUCAGGAACAUUGUCUAGGUCACCUCUCUGAACUGUACGUUUUGUAAUGUUUUACAAAGCAAGAGAUGUUUCAAAGUGAUUUACAAAAUGCUGUAUGAAAUUGCUAAAUGAUUUGGCAAUUUUAGAAGUUUCAUGAAUGUACUACAAAUCCUCUGUAAUGCUGUAUAUUUUAAGACAGCCCAUUUCAAAAGUUCACUGUAGUCUUUGAAUGGCAGUGAGAGCUCGUACAUGGAAAAAGUUUCAACACCAAAGCUGUUAUAUUAGCAAAGCUCUAUUCUGCCCCAAAAUUUGUGGAGUUUAACAUGGGAUUAACAUUGCUGAUGCAUUUUUGCUUUUACUAAGAGCUUACAGAGUAUUGUUCAUGGCAUAUAUUUCUUUAAAUGUAGGGGAAAACCCAAAAUGUACAAUUUUCCUUUCUUGUAUGGAGUUUCUUGGGUCUUCCAGUGGGUUGACUUUGGCUGGAUGCCAGAUGCCCACCAAGCUGUUCUAUCUCUCCUCUUCCAGCUGGACAGGGGAGAGAAAACAAGAUGGAAAACAGCUCAUAGGUUGAGAUAAGGCAGUUUACUAAAGCAAAAGCAAAAGUUUGCAUACACACAAGCAAAGAGAAAGAAAAAGAAGGGUUAAUUCUCCACUUUUCAAAAGGCAAGUGUUGUAAACAAGCAGUUCCUCCCUCUUCCUUCCCUCAGCUUUUAUAUGUGAGCUGGCACCACAUCCCUUUGGACUACUUGGGUCAGCUGUCCUGGUUGUGUCCCCUUCUGGGAUCUUGCCCACCCCUGGCAGGAAGUUAGGGAGACAGCACUGAUGCUGUGCUCAGCUGCAGCCAAAGCACCAGUGUGUUAUCAGCAGCUUUCCAGGCACCAGUGCACAGCACAGCACCAUGAGGACUGCUCUGGGAAAAUUAACUUCAUCUCAGUCCCAAAUUACAACAGAAAAAUUCAGUAACGCUACAAACCUCUCUCCAGGUCUACAAAUUUCAGAGUAUGUUUAGGACCAUUGGGCCCAGGGUGGAUGUAUUAAUUUAAAAAUAUUUAGCAUUGUAGUUGGCUGUUGCUGCUGACAGGAAGAUUUGUCUGGGUCCUUUGCUUCACUUACACACUAACCCCAAAUUACAUGGGCUAGUUUUCACAAGUAAGGAGAAAUAGCAUGUUGAGAUUCAACAAACCCCUCUGAACUAAAUGCUACAUAUGCAGUGCAAUUUCAGUGUUUCCUAAUCAUAAAGUGCAGCCCCACACACACAGAAUUUUAUUUCACUAAGCUUUAUGGGCACUUGUGCUCUAUAUUAUUCCUUAAGAUCUAGUGGGAAUUGCUUCUGUACAGUUACAACUCUGCAUCCAAGUAGUGCACUGAAUCAUCAUCAUUCCUUUUGUAAUGUUUUGGGCUUAUCUUGAUCCAAGUCAAAUGUGUGCAUUUAACUUUUCAAUAACUUUUCAUUUGCAUAACUUUUUUUUAAAAUCUUUUGAGUUUCCUCUUCCACUGGUGUAACUAAUUACUUCAGCACUACAUAUUUAACAGAUGUCAUCUGUUUCCUUAAGUCACUUCUUGAAUUGUUCAGUUCUAUUUUUUUUCCACUAUCCAUUGGCUACUGUAGGAAUUUGACAUUUGCUUUUUCCUGGGUCUUUAUUUAAAUUCCAUGAGUUUUAUUAAAUUUACCUACAAGCAGUGGCAUUCAAUGAUUUUCCAUCUUCUGAUUUUAUCACUCUCAUUCUGCAAAAUUUCUCUCUCAUUCUGGAUGCAGGGACUGCUACAGGGGAUUUUUUAUUCCUUUCCAGUACCUGUCCAGACUUUCUCUUUUGUGUUUUCUUGAAUCAGUGGUGCAAAUAUUGAUUGCACUCUUGCAUGCAUCACAAGCAUUCCUUAGAAGUCUGUCUAGAUCUCUCAUUCAAUGUCUGAUUUUUUUUCUCUUUCUUUUUACCACAGUGAAUUUGUAAUUAUUCCACUUAAACCAUUUGUCACUUAAACUCUCUCUGCCUGACUAUGAGAAGUGGAGAAUGAAUUGAAUUUUUUACUUUGCUUUCAUGUACAGCUUUUGCUUUCCCUGUUAAACUGUUCUAUAGUCAACCCACAAAUUCCCUCACUUUUACUCUUCUGGUUCUCUCUCCCCAUCCCACCAGGAAGAGCAUGCAAAUGACAGCAUGAGGCUUGCUUAAUUUCUGACUGAGGUUUAACCAUGGCACACGCUUUGUUCCUGAUUGCCCUAUAUACAACUCGAUGCCUCCUCUCCCUGGAUAAUGUCACUGAACUGCAAGUUAAUGUCAUACACACAAAUCCAUGUCCUGUGCUUCAGCCUGUAUCCAGUGCUGCCUCAGCAAAGCACUAGGACAGCCUAGCCCAGCCUUUCCCUGUCACAGAGGGUGGUCUAACACCCAGGGACCCCAUCACAUCACCAGGCCAGGGCUCAUGCUGGCAGGGUUGUCUGCACUCCAUAGACUCCUACAGCCAUAAUUAUUUAAGUCAAUGACAGUAGUAAGAGAAUGCUUAGCAGAAUGUGUUAUUUCUAAACUUACUGAAAAAGUCCUGAAAUGCCUUUGCUCUCAGACUUUUUAAAGUCUUACUCGUAAUGACAGUAGGGCAAUGAGAUCCAGAGACUGCCUUUGUGAGAGAUUGCAGCUGCACAGUAAUAGUCACCACAAAAGACCCACCUCCUUCCUGGGCAACCCAGGAGACACUGUGAGCAGCAGAAUGAAUUUUUUAACCACCCAAGCAGAACUAGACAAAUUCCACAUCCAACCUUGAGGAAAGGCAUAAGACAUAGGUAGAUGACUUGAUUCCUUUCCACAAAUUCCACAAGCAGGAAGCCUCUUGUUGCAUUGUAAGGCUGGACCAGAAACAGCAUCUGCACACUGGGGCCUUGUGAGAUGCUCAGGGAAGCAGGAGGAAGGAGUGGGCUUUGGCAUUGGCAUUGGCACUGAUGCUCUCCUGUGGGAUAUCUCUGCACCAAGGCAGCACCAGUUGCAGGUGCUGUCCCCCUCAUUGCGUCCGCAAUGCCAGGCAUGACUCAAAGCUGCAGAGAAAACCAAGUAAUCCACUGGAAGUCAGGAAUUGCCAGAACCAAGGCAAGAGGGGAGAGAAACAGAGAAAGGGAAAAGGGCAAAUUAUACGCUCAUUAAUUACAAUAUUUCACGAUUACAAGCCGCACCAAUUAUAAACCACA